AUGUCGGAGGGGCUGCUGCAGGUGGAGAUCCCGGACUUCGGAAGCAGUGUGCUGGGGAGCCUGAAUGAGCAGCGGCUGCUGGGUCACUACUGCGACGUCUCCAUCCUGGUGCAGGGUCAGGCCUUCAAGGCGCACCGGGCCGUCCUCGCCGCCUCCUCACUCUACUUCAGAGACCUGUUCAGUUCCGCCAGCGACUCCUCGUCCUCGUCCUUCCCGCGGGCGGUGUUCGAGCUGCCGUCCUCGGUGACGCCGAUGUGUUUCCAGCAGAUUCUGUCGUUCUGCUACACAGGGCGCCUCAGCAUGGCCGCCAGUGAACAGCUGGUCCUCAUGUACACCGCCGGGUACCUGCAGAUCCAGAACAUCGUGGAGCGUGGCAUGGAGCUGAUGAUGAUGAAGGCCUCUUCGUCCUCCUCGCCUCUCUGCUGCGACUCACAAACAACCUCAGCAGACGAGCUCAGGGGCUUCGACGUGCCGAUGGUCCAGCAGCACAGCACCCCCCACCUGCAGGAGUCCAGAUCAAACAGGAGAGAGCCGACACUCCUCCUGCUGAGGAGAACAGAAGAGGAGCAAGAGGAGGAGCAAGAAGAGGAGGAGAGGAGGCCAGAGGAGGAACUUUCGGGGGACUUUCCAGGCCACCAGGAGCAGUGCUCUGUGUUACCUGGGUGCAGGCGGAGGUUUGGUUCCAGGGCUGCAGUCCUACCUGUUGGCGAACGGGGGGCGCUCCAGUCCAGGAGGCUCGAGCCUUCCCACAGACUCCCCUCCAUCUCACCCCCUACGGAGGAGUUAGAGGAGGAUUACUACGGGAACACCGUCCAGUCCGGACUCUACCAACACAUCUACGGACAUCCUGGAAACCCCUACAUCCAAGAGAAGAUGGAGAUGCUUUCCCUCCCAUCGGCUAACGAGCGUCGGCCCUGCGUGCUGGUUGGUCGGGACAACAUGGCGCUCCCCGCCAGCCUGAUCAGUCAGAUCGGGUAUCGCUGCCACCCGUCGCUCUACACCGAGGGAGACCCGGGAGAGAAGGUAGAGCUGGUGGCAGGUUCAGGUGUGUUCAUGACACGAGGUCAGCUGAUGAACUGUCACCUGUGUGCUGGAGUCAAACACAAGGUACUGCUCAGGAGACUGCUGGCCACGUUCUUCGACAGAAACACUCUGGCCAAUAGCUGUGGGACGGGGAUCCGCUCCUCCACCAAUGAUCCGAGCAGAAAACCUCUGGACAACCGAGUGUUAAACACUGUGAAACUCUACUGUCAGAACUUUGCUCCUAACUUUAAAGAGAGUGAGAUGAACGUCAUUGCGGCCGACAUGUGCACCAACGCCCGAAGAGUCCGCAAACGUUGGCUCCCCAAGAUUCAGUCUCUCCUCCCCGACAGCCUCCCCACCUCCUCUCAUACCCGCAAAGCUAAGAGGGGAGGAGGAGGAGCAGGAGCAGGAGCAGGAGCAGGACCAGGAGGAGGAGGAGAAGCGGCGGUGCAGCCGAGUGCCAGCCCCUUCGAUCUGGACCUGCGACAGCUCAGCGCCUCCUACCUCGGCCUGGAGGCGUCGCUGUACGGCGAGCGACUCGAGAAGGAGGCGUCGGCUAUCCUGCCUCACUUGCAGUUCGCCGGGUGUCGUGUGGGAGGAGCAGGAGCAGGUGGGGGUCAGGCGGAGGAGGCAGAUGGGGGAGGGAGGCUACAAACUGAACAACCCCCAGAACUCCCCCUCUCCAUGUCUUCCUCCGCCUCUUCCUCCUCCUCCUCCUCCCACUCCUCCCCUCAGCCUGCAGAGCCCGUCCCUUCUCACAGGGGAUUGGUCGACGCAGAAGAGAGGGGGGCGGAGCCUCUGGAAGACAGCCAAUAAGCUUUCUAUUGCAUCUGUCUACCUGUAUGAAAAUAACACAAUAGCUACCUGUCUGUCUUUCACUACCUGAGACAGUCUGUUCCCCCUACCUCACUUCCUGUCUGUCUCGGGAAGUGAGGUAGGAGGGACAGUCCCCCCUACCUCACUUCCUGUCCAUCUGUCUACCUCUCUGCCCCCCAUUGGUCUUCCCACUCUGCGACCUACCUGUCUGUCCUCCUGUCUGCUCGGCUCAGCUGCAUGUAAACAACCUCCUGCAGUCCAGCACACUGAUGAUGAUGAUGGUGAUGGUGAUGAUGGUGGUGAUGA